AUAAAAAUCCUGCCCUCGAAUCAAUGGACGAUUUACGGGAAGGCGACCCAUUUUGGGGCCGUAAAACCUCCUUUUCUCCCACUCGCUGGUGAGAAUUCUGCGUUUGAUAGGUUUUCCAAUAUGAAGGAGAUGAUUGGGGGAUGCUGUGUUUGCGGGGAUGAACGCGGCUGGACAGAAAAUCCCUUGGUUUAUUGCGACGGGCAAGUUUGCAAUGUGGCCGUUCAUCAAGCUUGUUAUGGCAUAGUGACAGUCCCCACUGGACCCUGGUAUUGCCGCAAAUGUGAAUCGCAGGAGAGAUCAGCUAGAGUGCGUUGUGAGCUGUGUCCACAGCGAGAAGGUGCAUUGAAAAGGACUGACAGUGGAAAUUGGGCACACGUGGUCUGCGCGCUUUACAUCCCUGAAGUCGACUUUGGAAAUGUGACGACUAUGGAACCUAUCCUCUUGUCGUCGGUACCUGAUGAGCGAUACAACAAGACGUGCUGUUUGUGUAUGACGAAAGGACGAGAAAGUAAGGCCGCUGUUGGCGCUUGUAUGACCUGCAAUAAGAACGGCUGUCGCCAGUCAUUUCACGUCACUUGUGCCCAGCAAGACGGAUUGCUAUGUGAGGAAGCUGGAUCCUACAAUGAUAACGUCAAAUACACGGGUUACUGCUCAUAUCAUUACACCAAGUUGAAUAAAAACAAGGAUAUCAAGACAAUACCUCCCUUCAAACCCCUUGGAAGUGCUUACAGCACCCCCGAAAAGCCUGCAGACAGGACCUCUGCAGAUAGGACUGACAGGACAGAUAAAACAGACAAGUCAGACAAGUUGAGACUGGAGAAGGCCAACAAAGUCAAGCCGGAGAGGAAGAACAGGUUUUGCAUCGCUGAGGCCAGUGCCGCCCUGCUGGCUCAGCAGGAAAGCGCUGCGGAGGCUCGGGCAGCAGAGGCUAAAGCAGCAGAGGCUCGUCUCACGGAAGCAUAUGCCGCUGAGUCCAAGUCAGCAACAGUGGCUUCCAGCUCUCCAAGCGGUGGAGGUGGGAAGCAGGACGAUCCGUCUGGGAAGUUCACCAACGCUAAUUUCACUGAGACGGUGAUUGGCCCAACAGGGACACCCCCAUCUGCCUCAGCAGGAGCAGAGGAUCCGUCGUCAGGUGACAGCUCCUUGAUUCUGAAAUUCACCCGGAACACAGUGACUCAGCCCGGUCACAGAGGCCGGAAGAGCAACUCUCAGAAGUCAGACGGCCCUGGAUCUGCCGACGGUCAGUCAACCUCAACAUCGUCCAAAUUAGGUGGAUCAGAGUUCAGUGUCAGCUACUCGGAACGUGUCUCCUCCCCAAACCAGGCAGUGGAGGAUUCCAACUCAAGCCUGAAACCAACCAAAUCAAAAAAGGGCAGUUCUAAGUCCAACCCUGCUACUCCGACUCCCACGACCCCUAUGGUCGUGACAGAGACGGUAAUGGUCAAAGACCUCCCGCCCGAGAAAUCUCGAGGUACACCCACGGUCGACGUCGAGACGGUCCUAUCCCCUACCCGGAGUGGACCUGGAAAGGCAACUUCUUACACAGACGCCUACGAGGAAUUCAUGGCCAAGUACAAAUCGGACCAGGAGGAUUUGCCUGGCAAGAGGAAAGAGAAAGAGGAGGAGGUCUCCCCGGAUCCCCCGACCCCAACCCCAACCCCAACCCUGACGUUCCCUUCUGUGUCCAAGAUGGUCACCUCCAAGCCCGCCGUCCACAAGCCUUCCAGUUCCAAGCCGGCCAUUUCCACCACCUCCAGCAGCGGGGACGAGACCUCCAAGCGAGAACGCAAGAAGCACCGCAGUGGGAAGCGCAAGGACGGUAAGAUCAACCGGCCCCGCUCGACAGUGCGAUCACUGGGCGGAGGCGAUGGCGUGCCCAGCAAGAAGAGGCGGUCUAGCGGGUCAUCGGCAGGCAGCCCGUCAGGGCUGAGCAUGCCCAGGCUGAGCUUCAGCGGGCCCGGUGGCAGCGGCGGCUUGAGUUCACCACUGUCCAGCUCGUCCUUGCCCAGCUUCUUGAGUCCGGCUGUCAAUCACGAAGAUUCCGCAAUCCAAGACGUCUUCAACAUGGCCGGACAGAGCGGACUCAUUGGACCACAGUCGCGGCUAACGUCACUCCAUAACCGACAGCACAUGGAGGCCAGCCAGUCUACGGGCAUGCCUGCCACCAUGGAGCAGCUCUUGGAGAGGCAGUGGGACCAAGGCUCUGAGUUCCUCAUGCAGCAAGCUACGCACCUGGACAUUGCUUCCCUGCUGUCCUGCCUGUACCAGCUGCGCCAGGAGAACACACGGCUGGAGGAGUACAUCUUGUCGCUGGUGCAGCGCCGCGACCACCUGUUAGCCGUCAACCUGCGGCUUUCGCGGCCCUUAAACCAGGGCGGGUCGCCGGACAACCCCACCUCCCGCCGUAGCCCGCGGUUCAACAACGUGAUCCAUUCGGACGCGACGACGCUGAGCGCAAGUAGUCAGGAUUUGAAUAGCAGUCGGAGCAGUACCCAGAGCCUGAACCACUCGCUGAACCACUCCUACAACCAGGCCCCUGCUCUCCCCAUGUCCCAGUCCCACGCCACGCCCGCCAUCAACUUGAACCACGCCCAGCUGCCCCUCCACCGGUCCAGUACUCCGCAGAACAAUGGUGUGGCCCACUUGCCCGUUGUGCCUGGCCCGGGCGUCUCCCAGUCUUCCGCCCCCUCGGCCCGCCAAAGCCCCGCCCACUCCCACACAUCCACCCCAGUUGCUGCCGCAGCCGCCGCCCAGGGUGCGCCGGGUCACGGCCAGGCCACGCCCCCGCCCGGCCGGCUUACGCCGGGCCAUGGGCCGGGCCGCAUGACGCCCAGCCAGGAUCGCAUGACCCCCGUGCAGGUCAAGACAACGUCGGGUCAAGGGUCAUCAGGUCAUGGAUCAGAAGUCCACAAACGAGUACCAUCCAGAGAUAGCACGAGCACCGAGUCGUCUCACUCUAGUCGUGACAGUACAAGUCGGGAUCAGCUGGGUCUGCCGGGGGUCAACCCAGGGUCACAUCCUGCCAUGGUCCUUCAGCAUCCGCAGCUUAGCUCGCUGGUCCAGCAGCAUCUAACGCCAGAGCAUCAGCAUUUGGUGUACCAGAUGAUGCAAACCCAGAACCAGGCCGGCUUGGGCCUGUCGGUGCUACUCCCCCCUGGCAUCGGAACGGCCACCACCACCACCACCAUCAUGCCCCUCAACGGGGAGCUGCCGACGCUGACGGGGCACUCCCAGUCACAGAACACCAGCCGACCCAAGAGCCCCAGGGGAGGAGAUCGAAGGCAAACAAGUUCUAAAGACAAGAGCUAACAUCGAGCUCAGCAUCUUAAUGUGAGUUUUUUUUGUAUGAAGUGACAGUUUGAGGGUAUUUUUCCCCAUUUUCCAUCCACAAAAGAGACGAGAAACCCUUUCGUAAACAACGGAACGAAAAAAUGACAAUCUGUGACGAGCUAUGUAGAGUAAAGCUGACGGUUGUUCCUGUACAAUUUUCCGUUGCCCGGGCGAAGCAGGAAUACCUCCCACUGUUGUGAACUUGCAAAUGACCUUUGCAGUUGAGUCCUAGUCGGCCAAAACUGUCAGCCCAAUACCACCUCUAGGUGACAAGGAAAGGAGAUGGCGAGACCUAAUGGGUUGUAUGUAGCAGGUUGAAUAAGACCAGCUUGGAUUCUCGUGGCGAGGGCGCUAGUUCAAAGUCUCUGCCGUAUUCGGAUACGUGGGUGCAUGCUGAUGAUAGACAUAUCCACAACCCCGAACGCCUUUGACCGGGGCCCUGGCUUCCACAAUGCCAUUGAGGCUGUCCUUUUCUCCCAAUUCAACUUGCCCCCAAAGUAGCUUAUUUUCGACGAAAUGGAAAAACGCCACAGAAACCGUGCACAAGGUUCAGACGAGCGAGAAAUUUUGAUUGAUGUUUGAGCCUACUUCUGUUGCUAAAAAAUAUGCAUCCCCCGACAAACUAUUUGGCCGUGCCUCGAUGGUACAAGGGGCCAAAUCAGAUGUCAGGGUCAACCAGAAAGACCCCUCCCCCCCCGAAAAAAAAUUUGUUACGUCGUAAAGCUGGCUAUGAAGAUUGAUAUUUUUGUACGGCAUUCUAAUUUACACUGAAUUGGUCCUUAAUGCAAUUUAAGAUUGCCAACUGAAAUUAAUAUCGUUAUUUCAGAUUUUUUUGCCGUUAAAAUGUUCAGGCUUAUGUUCUGUUCCUAUCCUAGUUGACAGAAAAGACGACAAGCUUUUUACGUGAUGUGCCAAAAUCCUUUUACUUUAUCUCACAUAUUCCUGACAUAUCUUCUUUCCAACCCUUAAGAGCACGGUAUUUGAAAUGUAAAAAAAAAGUUUUAAAAGGCUGGAUUUUUAGUAAAAUUGUACCGAUACCUCAAGUGGAUUUUUACCCCGUUUUUAAGAAAAGCGCUGGUGCAGCACACUGGAAAAGUUUAAACGUUACCGGAAUCAUCUUUGGCAGUCACAAACAAAAUAUAUUUGUACAGUCAUUUAAAAAAAAAUUCUAAAACUAGAAAAAUGAAAGUCUCAGGAAAGUACAUAAAUUGUGAAAAUACAUGUAGAGUUUUAAAUUUCGAGUGUAUGUGCACCUGUCCGUGAAGAUGACAGAAAAUCACGGAGGAAAACGGAAGCAGACACAUCAGAAAAAUAUCUGAAUUAUGAUGUAAUCGUGAUUUAUUUUUGUUAUUGUCUGAUGAAAAAAUGUUUCACAUAUGAAUGUGGAAAAUUGAAAAAUUCGCACUAGAUUGCCGCUCACAUGUGAGUGGUCUGAACAGAGGCUACAAAGAAAACUUGUGACCCGCUCUGUGAAAAUGAGGCCUUAGGCCGUUAUGGCAGUGGCGUUGUUUCAGUUUGUGCUAGAAAGAGAAAGCUUAGCACUUUGUUUUGAUGAAUCAGAAAGAGUUCCAUGCAUGUACAAGGACAUCACUUGACACCUCGUGCACAAACCUGUGAGGCUUAUUUGACAAAUUCUAAGUGUUUUUCUAACUAACUGCUUCAUUAUUUUUUUCUGCUAAACGUGGCUGUUAUGGACAUGUUGUCACUUCCUGACGGCCACUGAACAACUGUAAGGGAAAAUCAGUGAUGUCCGUUAUGUCCAUGUCUGGAACUCUUUCCAACGUAUCCCUGGUUUUGGCAUCCCGAUGAACGUGAGGAUAAAACGUGUUGAUGGCUGCCAUUGAUUUCCAUUGUGUAAGAUUCUGUUCAAGGCCUGUUUACUCAAUAAUGGCUCUGGUGACUUGUGGCUCAUUUUCACAGAGUGGGCCACGUAUUUGCUAAGCAAAAACAGGUUACCAAUCCCAAAGUUAUGGUGUGCACAUUGCUUGUGAAUAGUACCUGGCAAAUUCUCUCUCUUUUUUUGCCGAGGGCACAAAUUUACCGAGAAAGAGUUUCGCCCGAGCAGCUCUGUGAAAUUCGGUCGCGACCCAAAGAGCUCCCCAAGCAGUGCAUCCACAAAAAGAGCAAACAGGAGCACAGCAGGGGUGGCAAGAUCCCUGAUAAGUUGUUGCUCAGCGUGGUCAAGAUGUCUUUAGGCAGUUCUUGUCUGGGUUAAAUUGAGAUGUCGGAGCCGAUGCAAAAUUGGUCACAGGAGACAUAUUCUUGCUUUUCAUUCUAUUUGUCUUGACCCGUUUUUGCAUCGGCUCAGACUGGUCAAUUUAAUACCUGAAAACACUGAUUGUUAUUUGUGCCAAUAUUUGUGAGAUGACCUUAUCAUUAUUAACCGUGAUUCUGUUGAAAUAUCAAUUGAUUUAGGUUUUUUUUUCUUCUGGUUUGCUUUUGUUUUUUGUUUCGUUUUUAAAUUAAAUGUAAAUCUCACCAUAUCUAAGUGACCAAAAGUACUGUAAUUUUUACACUGUCUUGUUAAAUAUCCAACUGAUUUGGGAGGGACAAGACAUGUUUUUUAAAAAAGUCUUUGUAUUUUAUCAGGACUUUUGGCCAAAAGAUAACCCUGAAUCACAUUUUAAUUUGUUUAAGGUUGGUGAUGUCUUCUUAUUAUUGUGUUGUAAAUUUCCCUUUUUUGUAAAAUAGUGUCGUGAUUUUUCAAACAUUUAUUGGAAUGUUGAAUUUGAAUUGAAUGUGUUAUCCUUCUCCACUUGUAUUGUUCAGGGUGCCGACUAUUUGACCUGAUGUGCAGUUUUUUGAACUUUUAACUUUGAAAGAUGCCUCUUUUGAUUGUCUUUUUUUCUGCCCUUUUGCUGUAGCCUUUCUGUUAAAAUUCACGAAGAAGUAAGAAAAAAUAAACUGUUCCAAAGUGAAUUUCAACAUUUCCAAAAAGGAAACGAAUUCUUAUCUUGAAUGUAAUCAUGCUGUCAUUCUCGUUGAUGUAUGAAAAGUUUGGUGCAAAAUGAAAAAAGAUAACAGUAAACCGUCAGAUCCUUUGAACAUUUUUUCCAGAUUCUAAGGAAUUUUUUGCAAGCUUUGUAAUACAGUGUUUGUAAAAUGUGUGCAAAAUUGUCUCAAGCUUUGCAGACACCAAUUUUUUUUAUCACUGUACAUAAACUUUGCAUAUUUGCCAGUUUACGAAAUGAAAUUUAUAAAUAGCUUGGGGAGUUAAGGUUUUUUGUAAUGAAUGUAUAUUGGUUUAUUCAAGUGACUAACUCCCUAGCACACUGGAUGUUUUACUAGUGGUAUUUAUGUACAUGUAGUAAGGCAAAUUGAAAUGAUUUGGUGUAUAUUUAGCAGUAAAUUCCUUUCUGCUGGAAACCAGUGAUGUUUACAAUAGUAAAAGCAUUGUGAUUGCCUACCAGUGUAGCUAAUCCAAGCUUGUUUCUUGUGACAAGUAGCUGACCAAAGUAGCUUGACAAAAUUGAAGGCACUUCCAGAGCUAAAUGGAGAAUUUUUGGACUUGCUCAUGGGAACAAAUAUCUUUGCAGAAUUGUUUAGUUGUUUUAUCACUCACUUGGAAAUAUCAAGUUUGCCAAUCAGUUUAUUCGAACUGAAAGUGUCAAAUUUAAAUUAUUUUUCAAGAUUAAGUUUCUCUUUAUCAUCUGUGAGUUGUGCAUUUCUUUUGAGGCUGAGUGUGAUUCAUUCAAAAUCAAAAUUAUUUUACAUAUCUGUCUGCAUUGUCUUUUUACUUUUUUUUUUACUUGAAUGGAGCAGGUGCCAAUUUAGUGUCAUUUUGCCACUUAGCUGAAGGUCAACAUCAGAUAUGUAACACGUAGCACGUGCCACAAAUCAACUCCUCGGCUGAUUGGGGCUUAAAAGCUGAAAGAUUUUGCUUGGAUGAAUUGGUUGUGUCAGCUCUGUGAUGUUCCCCUUAACCCUCCUGUGCUGAAGUCGCUCUUUGGGUCAAUUAGUUAGCUGCACAAAGAUGUACAACUGUGUCAUGUUGUGCACAGCACCAACUGUCCCUCACAGGAAUAUCAGAUUGCACUUUUGUGCUGCCCAACAACUGU